UGUCUUAAAGAUUGUCCUCUCUGUAGUUAAAAAAAGGGGAAAUCGAUAGGUUAGGGAGAGAGUGAUGGAUUUGCUUCCGGCCGAGACGACCUCGCAGAUCGCCAAGAAGCAUGGCUUCCGGUCACUGAAACUGGUUAAUGUCGACCUGGACCAAGUUCUAGAGGGCCAACCCUUCGGUGCUGAAUACGGCCGCCUCGACAAUGGCCUCAUUUACUAUGUUCGUCGGAAUUCCAAGCCUCGAAUGCGUGCAGCUCUCGCUCUGGCCGUCAAGGCUGGCUCAGUUUUGGAAGAGGAGGAGGAGCGAGGAGUGGCUCACAUAGUUGAGCAUCUCGCUUUUAGCGCCACUUCGAAAUACACGAAUCACGAUAUUGUUAAAUUUCUUGAGAGUAUUGGGGCGGAGUUUGGUGCUUGUCAAAAUGCGGUCACUUCUGCUGAUGAGACUGUGUAUGAACUAUUUGUGCCUGUUGAUAAGCCGGAAUUGCUAUCUCAGGCCAUUUCCGUCUUGGCUGAAUUCAGUUCUGAGGUUAGGGUAUCAAAAGAUGAUUUGGAGAAAGAAAGAGGAGCUGUUAUGGAAGAAUAUAGAGGGAAUAGGAAUGCUAGUGGAAGAAUGCAAGAUGCUCAUUGGAUUCUAAUGAUGGAAGGUUCAAAGUAUGCUGACCGCUUACCAAUUGGACUAGAGAAGGUGAUCCGGACAGUUUCUGCUGAGACUGUAAAGCAGUUUUACAGGAAAUGGUACCAUCUGCAGAACAUGGCAGUGAUAGCUGUUGGAGAUUUUUCUGAUACCAAGAGUGUAGUUGAGUUAAUAAAGAUGCAUUUCGGGCAGAAAUGUCCAGAACGUGACCCCCCAUUGAUACCUGUAUUUGAAGUUCCACCCCACGAGGAACCACGUUUUUCGUGUUUUGUUGAAUCUGAAGCGGCUGGGUCUGCAGUGAUGAUAAGCUACAAGAUGCCUGCAGAGGAACUCAAGAAGGUGAAGGACUACAAGAGUAUGCUUGUAGAAUCCAUGUUUCUCUAUGCUCUAAACCAGAGAUUCUUCAAAUUAUCACGCAGAAAGGAUCCACCCUAUUUCUCUUGCUCAGCGGCAGCAGAUGUUAUAGUUUCUCCACUGAAGGCUUGUAUAAUGACUUCAUCCUGUAAAGAGAAAGGCACUCUGCUGGCCCUAGAAUCAAUGCUCCUUGAGGUUGCCAGGGUACGGUUACAUGGUUUUUCAGAACGUGAAAUAUCUAUUGUUCGAGCUUUACUAAUGGCUGAGAUUGAGUCUGCCUAUCUGGAGCGUGAUCAAAUGCAAUCAACCAACUUGCGAGAUGAAUAUUUACAACAUUUUCUUCGAAAUGAACCUGUUGUUGGGAUUGAGUAUGAAGCUCAACUUCAAAAAACAAUUCUACCUCAGAUAUCUGCACUAGAGGUGUCCAAGUAUUCGGAGAAGUUACGAACAUCAUGUAGCUGUGUUGUAAAGACAAUUGAACCCCGAGCUUCUGCAACAGUUGAUGGUCUGAAAAGAGUGCUGUUGAAAAUAAGUAAUCUUGAGGAGGAAGGGAGCAUUAGUCCAUGGGAUGAUGAAAAAAUUCCUGAGGAAAUUGUUGAUACAAAGCCAAAUCCAGGGAGUAUCUUGCAUCAGCUUGACUAUUCAAAUAUUGGAGCUUCUGAAUUAAUCCUAUCCAAUGGCAUGCGAGUUUGCUAUAAAUGUACAGACUUACUUGAUGAUCAGGUUCUUUUUACAGGGUUCUCAUAUGGUGGCCUGUCCGAAAUCCCAGAAAGUGAUUAUUUUUCAUGCUCACUGGGAUCAACCAUUGCUGGAGAAAUUGGUAUAUUUGGUUAUAGACCAUCAGUUCUAACGGAUAUGCUUGCUGGUAAGAGAGUUGAAGUCGGUACAAAAAUUGGAGCUUACAUGAGAACUUUUUCUGGAGAUUGUUCACCCUCAGACCUAGAAACAGCUUUGCAGCUUGUCUAUCAACUAUUUACUACAAAUGUAAUACCUGGAGAAGAAGAUGUCAAAAUAGUGAUGCAAAUGGCAGAGGAAGCAGUUCGUGCUCAAGAGAGAGAUCCUUAUACUGCUUUUGCAGACCGAGUCAAGGAGCUCAACUAUGGGAGCUCCUAUUUUUUUAGGCCUAUUAGAAUAAAGGAUCUACGAAAAGUUGAUCCACUAAAGGCUUGUGAAUAUUUUAACAACUGUUUUAAGGAUCCUUCAACUUUUACUGUUGUAAUUGUUGGAAAUCUUGAUCCCACUGUUGCACUUCCUCUGAUAUUGCAGUAUUUGGGUGGAAUAACAAAACCUCCUGAACCUAUUCUCCACUUUAACCGGGAUGACCUCAAAGGAUUACCAUUCACAUUUCCUACAAGCAUGAUAAGAGAAGUGGUUCGAAGCCCCAUGGUGGAAGCCCAAUGUUCAGUUCAGCUAAGCUUUCCUGUGGUGCUGAAGAAUGGAACAAUGGUAGAAGAGAUUCAUCGUAUUGGCUUCCUGAGCAAACUUCUUGAAACAAAAAUAAUGCAGGUGCUACGUUUCAAGCAUGGGCAGAUCUAUUCUGCUGGUGUCUCUGUGUUCCUUGGUGGUAAUAGACCUUCUAGAACUGGCGAUAUACGUGGAGACAUUAGCAUAAAUUUUUCUUGUGAUCCUGAAAUAUCCUCAAAGCUGCUUGAUCUUGCUUUGGAUGAAAUACUUCGGCUUCAAGAGGAAGGACCAUUAGUCGAGGAUGUUGCAACUGUACUAGAACUUGAGCAAAGGGCCCAUGAAAAUGGAUUGCAGGAGAAUAUCUAUUGGCUGGAAAGGAUUUUACGGAGCUACCAGUCAAGAAUCUAUGACGGUGAUUUGGGCAAUGCCUUUGAGAUUCAAGAUGAAGGACGUUCUAAUGUUAGACAGUCUCUUACAACAACAACAGUGCAGUCGACCCUGCAAGGGAUACUGCCUUAUCCUUGCAAAAAACAGUAUACUGCAGUCAUUUUAAUGCCUCAAACAUCUCGCUUCCAGUUGCUGAGGUCAUUCUUCAAAUCUACUCAGAUCUAUGCCAGAGAUGCCAAGAUCGGAGCAAGUAUUGCCUGUUUUACUGUAUUGGCUUUCACUUUUUGGAGAUACGCAAGAAGCAAUCGGAGAUCAUAGAUUAGGAUGCCUUUUCCUUUGCUGAGCUGAGUUUUAUAUACCUAUUGAAGGACAGGGAUUUUCUGCAGGAAGUUAGUAUCAUUUACUAAAGAUUCGAUUACGGGCAUUUAGCUCCAGGAAAAAUAAAUACCACUUCUGAUUUAGGGGAAACAUCUAGAUUGAUACAUGAGCAUCAUAUGUUUUAUUCAUUUUAUGAUCUAAUUAGUCUGUAUCAUUCAUCAAUUUAUUAGUAUUAUUAUUAUUUUUAUGGAGCAACAUUGGUUGCGUAACCGAUCUUUCUUAAAACAUUGUGGACGCUUUUACUGUAACGCAGAUGAUAAGGAAUAUUUGAGUUCCGUAUUUAGUU